AUGAAGGCCCCGAUGCUCGUAGGUGUGCUGGUCGCGGUGGGCUUCGCAGUGGGAAGAGUUCCUGCUCCUGAACUCCGCACCUGCCACCUCUGCCUCCUAGAAGACCCUUCUGCAGGAUGCCUUUCUGGCUUGGAGAAAUGCACCAUCAGUAGCUCAUCCCCAUGCAUGGUGAUCACCGUCUAUUACAAUAACAGGGUUCGCUUCCUCAUCCGCGGCUGUGGACAGUACAAUUCUUACCGCUGCCAAGAAAAACACAACACCUACAUCUCAGAGUACUGGUACGAGGCCCAGUGCUGCCAGUACAAUUACUGCAACUCGUGGUCCAGCCCUCAGCUCCAGAGCUCCCAGCCUGAGCCCCCUGGUGGGGCCCUGAGCCUGCCCCUGUUCAAGUCCCAGAUUCAGUGGUUCUACCAGGCCCUGAACUUCUCACUGCCCCUCCCCCAUUCCCAUACUGGGAAGGAGCCUAAGGACCUGGACCCCCUGGCUGCCCUGCCCUUGAACCUGGGCUUGUCCAUUGCCGACCUGCGCAGCAUAUACUUAUUCCUCAACAAUUCGGGGCUUUUGGUUCUUCCUCAGGCUGGGCCCUGA